CCUCAACCUUGAUACACGUGUCUCGCGCACCCAGAAAAUUCCGCCAAACAUGCUAUUGAAAUCAUUGUGUGUGCUCUGAGUGUGUGUGUGUGCAGUGUGGAUUUUUAACGAUGUGCUACACAUAAUGAAAGCGUUUGGUGCCGUUUCACGGAUGCCUUGAGGCAAUAUGAAAUUUAAACGGAGUCUGGACGUGCGCCUGAUCGCAUUGUGUACUACGUGCAUCAUACUGCCGGCCAUCGCGUGCCCUUCCCAAUGCGUGUGUAAAUGGAAGAACGGAAAACGGUACGUCGAAUGUGCCGACAAAGAUCUGAAGGCAAUCCCCAACUCGCUAGACUCCGAAACACAAGUACUGGACUUCACGGGGAAUGAUUUGCAAGUGCUACAGAAGGAAACAUUCCAUAAACUCGGACUGUUGGACUUGCAGAAAAUUUAUCUACAGAGAUGUCGCCUGCAGAAAAUCGAUAGCCUCGCGUUCAGGGGCCUCGCCAAUUUAGUCGAGUUAGAUCUAUCCAAUAAUUACAUCACAGUCAUCCCGUCUAGCAACUUCGUCUUUUUCCCAUCUCUAAUGAGACUCUCUUUGAACAACAACCCUGUUACGAAUAUAAAAGCGCACUGCUUCCAACAUCUUUCCUAUUUGAAUACGUUAGAACUGAGUAAUUGUAAAAUCGAAAGUAUAGAACCGGAGGGCUUCGCCGGAUUGAAGCACUUGGAAUGGCUCAGAUUGAACGGUAAUAGGUUAUCAAAUAUUCAAGGCGAUAAUUUGUUCCCCGAUACGUUGCGGGGUAUCGAUCUCCAGAGUAAUAAUUGGAACUGCGAUUGUCAUUUGAGAGAUUUACAUAACUGGCUAUCGAAUUUCAAUAUGCCACACGCCGUCGAGCCAAUUUGCUCGCAACCUGAGCGGCUGAAAAAGCGCACAAUCACAAGUGUCGACGAAUUCGAUUUGGCCUGCUUGCCGAAAAUCACCCCUACGACCACGUACAUAGAGUCUGGCGUCGGGAACAACGUUACUCUGGAAUGUAUAGUAAAGGCCGUGCCAGAAGCGAAAAUACAAUGGUUUUAUCAAGGGCAACUUAUUCGUAAUUAUUCAACGUCCGCCGCUGAGCCUCAUCAUGUUUUCCACGUUGAGAACGGCGUUAUUGAUAAAAAGAGCGAACUGUAUAUUUACAAUAUCGGGAGCGAUGAUAAUGGCACUUAUUCAUGCAUCGCGGAAAAUUCCGCGGGGAGGACGCGAACGAAUUAUACUAUUAAAAUUCUUAUUAAAGAGGAACCCGUAGUUAUCGUCGUGACAUUCCCUCAUAGACAUUUAGUAGUUAUAAUAACAGUGAUAUUUUUAAUUAUCGUAUUACUUAUUGCCAUAAUUGCGGUUGUGCUGUUAAAAUUCAAAACUGAUACGCGCAGUCGCAAGAAGAAAGAGAGCGGUAAGGAUGUAGCGUUGUGUAAUCAAAUGUUGCCCUCGAGCCGAGGCAACGGAUCUUUGCCCAAAAACAAUGGCAGCGUUAUAGUGAACGCACAUUCGCAUCACGCGUUGCAUUAUACAGUGCAAACAAACCGAGAUUUCGAGUCGAGCGACACGUAUCAAAGCAAUAACAUGAAAGGCUUUGUCGACAGAAAUCCUGACCUAAUUAGCGACGCGGAAACGGUCGCAAACAACGCACAGAAUGAGAACACAGUGUUAUCGGUGUACAAAACGCAAACUGCAAACGAUAGCUUUGAAGAGGAAACCGCAUUCACUGCGCCAGUGCAACGACAAGUGACUUGGCAGGAUCAACAGACUGUAAAUAGCAUGAGUUUGCCCCAAAAUGCAAUGUACCAGCAUUCCGCUGACGUCCACUUGAACCCUGGUUGUUUCCUGGACAGCGAGGGAUAUCCAUUCGACUAUGGCCUUCCAAAGCAUCCGUGCCGUGCGCCAAUUAUGUCAAAUUACUCAGUUGUUGGACCGUUUUACCAAACUCUUCCACACAAUCGAGCCAAGGGGCCAAAGCUUGCGUGUAAAUUUGCCAAAGACACGGAAUUCAAUGCCACUUCGCCUCCAUGCGCAAACUUUGAAAUAUUCAACGGCACAAAUGUAAGGCGCACCUUAGAAGGGUAUCCCGUGCCGAGAAAUCGCCAAAUAGCGUUUGUAGGGAAUGGGACAAUGUACUACAAUGAAGAAUUUGUGCCCUCGCCGCCUGAAGGAUACAAAACUGAGCCAGUGCAAUGUUGUGCCCCGCAGGAAACCUGUCCCGCUUGGAACCCAAAAGGCACCUGCGCCGUGAUGGUGCCAAUGGGGAUCGCGGAAGCACCAGGCCGGUGCUACCAAGUGGAGACGCGAUGUGUAGACACACAAACCCCACAAGUUUCUAACGCUAAAUGCGCCUCUGAUAUAUGUUCGGAAAGUCCCGACGAGGGUUAUGUUGGCGACGCUAACGACAUCUGACGACGUCGUCGCACCGAUAACGCGUAAACAGGGCAAUUUAGACGCUAGUAAAGUGAUAAAGCGACUGAAUAUGAAAAUAGUAAUGUAUAUACGAAGUGUACAGUGCACGUGCGGUAUUUUUUACAUUUGCAUCGUCAUAUGGAGUGACUUUUUUUACCUAAUAUAACAUUUAGAUAAUGUUUUUGUUCACCAAAGUUUUCUAGUCGAAUCAUAGGAUCUCACGUAUGAAACGUAUUUAUUUGAUUACCAUUGUAUACAUAAUCAUUAAAAUCAUGCAAUGUGCCAAGUUGGAAAUAGUUCUAGUUUCCUAGAAUAGACUAAAUAUACGCCUAAACAAUUUGUUACUGAGUAAGUAUUUCUGUUAUUGUACACGAGCGAAAAUUGGUUUUUAAGAUGAAAUAUUGUUGACUGCGAACGAAAUUUCUGUUUCGGACUGUUUUACAGCAUUUUGUAUUGUUCUCAUUUUUAGUUUGAUGUCAUAUAACGAAGUUUUCUAGCGCCUCGUAGCCUGCUAUUAUAUUUUAGAGUGAUAUUUUCUUUCCAAGUUGUACGAAAAACUAUGGAAUGAGUUAUUUUAAUGAAACCAAGUUUCUGUAUUCUUAUUACUUCUUGAAUCAAUACGAUAUUAAUAAAAUUAGACUCAAUAAUGUUUAAUAAGAUAAUUCCUAAUAUCUCUACGUUUAUUAUUCACGCGGACCCUUGAACUCUUAUUAGAUUAACAAAUAAUAAUACUAAUUGUAAAUAUAUCUUGUAAAUACUAGGUUUUACUAUAUUUCCGAAUGGAAUCGAGUAGAAAUGCCAGCUCCUAUUGCUAGUAACACCAAUGUUAUGUUUAUUAAAUUUACAACAUAUUUAUACUAUUAUUAGUUGUUAAAACAAUGAUAUUUUUAAUUUGUAUGGUUUAAACACGAUCGACAAAUGUCGAUUGCGUGUUGUUACGAUAAAACAAAAAGCGUGGUUUCAAAUUUCACCCAAAUAUCAUGAUUUUUCCGUAGUUGUGCGUACUUAUAUACUGUAUGAGUAAUGUAGAAUGUACUUUAUAGGUAUAAAAUUGGGAAGAACCGUAAAUCACAACAACAGUAAUAGCGCUAAUAAAAAAUGUAUCUUUCAUCUGUUUAUUAAAA